AAAGGGGCUGCUAGGCAUCAAUCCAUGCUCGCGAACUACCAUCAAGGGCGGUUACUGGGCUCAUACCGUAUUCGGCAGCACGUUGUACCCCGAAUGUUUCGGGACCAUGAACGUUCGGUCGUCCAUCCUGCAGCUGCGGAGAGGUCAUACGAGCGUCAGCCUACACUCGCCUGCCGCUUCAUGUCUCCUGAUAUGUAUUUGCUGAUUUGGGUUCCUGUGCUCAGAUGCCUAGGCAUUCGGAAAUACCGAGUCUCCUAGUUAGUGUCGUUUCCGGUGAACGUCGGUUAUCUAUCGAGCACGCCCAGUACCCCGCAUUUGUUGCUCCCAGGGCCCACAGCAGCAGCACAGAACGUUGCGCUUGCGAUGACGAUCGGGCACCGAGAAUAGGUCACAUGCGCACGACUACCGAUGGGCUUUGCGCCUUCCUCUCGGAUGGAUGCGUCUCUUAUACCGCCCCUUCGAUGCGGCACGGCCAUCUCGCACGUCUUCCCACCUCGUUUCGAACGAUAUCCGUGCCGUUAGCUACAACAGCAACACGACUGCAGCUUACCGCAUGCUCCUGCAUCACCCGAGGCGUGGGGGUGACGGCGCUCAUGGUUUACAACCUGGGGAUAUGCACGCACCCUCGAGAUCUAGAUCUGAUCUAUGCCCAGAAAAUCCGGCAAGCUCCACCCCAGCCUUGCGCACCUCCAGCCUGGCCUAUAAUCCCGCUGCUUCCUCGCCAAUUUUCUGAUUGGACGGCUGUCUCCUGUCCGUGGUCAUCCCAGGGCUGAAGACCUAUGUCGCGUCAGGAUGCAUUUCGCUCCCUCGGCCAUGCUUGACUACGGCCUCGCCGGGACAGGAGGACGAAACGGUCGUGCUUUGUUUCAGCGUCGGUAAAUUCUUCUCCAAUGGUCCUCCUUGUGCGCCGUCGAACGACUUUGCCAGCAAAUCGGAUCUUGGUUGACGCGGUAUGCCGGAUAAUCCAGUACAACGACAAGAACGCAAUGCUACCGGGUGCAGAUAUCUACUC